AUGACCAUAUCCUCGGUAGUCAAUGUUCAGGUGCGGGAGUUGCGGUCUGGAUGUGGCGGGGACGGAGCUCCUGCCAGCCCCGCUCCGAUAAUUGUGAACACAGACUCCUUGGACACUAUCCCCUAUGUUAGCUACACUCCAUUCCAUGAAAACACGAUCAACGGGUCUGAAAUUGAAUAUGAAUUUGAAGAAAUUACACUGGAGCGGGGAAAUUCCGGCCUUGGAUUUAGCAUUGCCGGAGGUAUAGAUAAUCCUCACGUGGGGGACGAUCCGGGAAUUUUUAUAACAAAGAUCAUCCCAGGAGGGGCAGCAGCGGAAGAUGGAAGACUCAGGGUCAAUGACUGUAUUCUCCGAGUGAAUGAAGUGGAUGUCUCCGAGGUGUCGCACAGCAGAGCUGUAGAAGCGCUAAAAGAAGCCGGUUCCAUUGUCCGUCUAUAUGUACGCAGAAGAAGACCCAUCCUUGAAACUGUUGUAGAGAUUAAACUUUUUAAAGGGCCAAAAGGGUUGGGUUUCAGCAUCGCAGGCGGAGUCGGAAACCAGCACAUUCCAGGGGACAACAGUAUUUAUGUAACCAAAAUUAUUGAAGGAGGAGCAGCACAAAAAGAUUGCCGUCUACAAGUUGGGGAUAGGUUGCUGAUGGUUAACAAUUACUGUUUAGAAGAAGUGACACAUGAAGAAGCUGUAGCGAUUCUGAAGAACACGUCAGAUGUAGUUUACAUAAAAGUAGGGAAACCCACAACAAUAUAUAUGACGGAUCCUUAUGGACCUCCGGAUAUCACUCAUUCAUAUUCUCCACCUCUGGAAAGUCACAUCCUCAGCAGCGCUAACAAUGGCACACUGGAAUACAAGAGUCCUCUGGCUCCAAUCUCCCCAGGAAGAUAUUCUCCUAUCCCAAAGCACAUGCUUGUGGAGGAUGACUACACCAGGUCUCUAGAGCCGGUUUACAGCACUGUAAAUAAACUAAGUGACAAACCUUUAUCUCCGAGACAAUAUUCCCCUGUAGAAUGUGACAACAGCUUCCUUCUUACAUCUCCGUAUCCUCAUUUCCAUGGAGGCCUUCUUCCCGAGUGUGAAAUUUCCAGGGAACCUCGUAAAGUCAUAUUGCACAAAGGCUCUACGGGGCUGGGCUUUAAUAUUGUCGGAGGAGAAGAUGGGGAAGGAAUCUUCAUCUCCUUCAUUCUAGCGGGAGGACCAGCAGACCUCAGCGGGGAGCUUCAGAGAGGAGACCAGAUAAUAUCAGUGAACGGAAUUGACCUCCGUGGUGCUUCCCAUGAACAAGCUGCAGCUGCCUUAAAGGGUGCAGGUCAGACUGUGACUAUGGUAGCACAAUACCAGCCGGAAGGUAAGUGA